AUGGUUGCCAUGAAAAAAUUGCAUAACAGUCGCGGAGCGGAGCCUGCCACGGACGCCAGCGAAUCGGUCAAGAAACUGUACAAGAGUAUAAAUGAUGUUUCUCAUUUUUUGGAUGAUCAACGUGGCAGGUCUUUGUCUUGCAAAGAUCUUUUUACCGUUACUGUUGAUACACAGAGAAUAAAAUUAAAAAACUAUUGUGAAAGAAUGAUGCUUGCAGAUCCAUUAUGUUAUGGCCGAAAGGCUGAAGAUAUCAUGUGGCGCAAAACUUAUCAUGAUGUUUAUUCUACUGCUAAAAUUUUACGCAAAAAUAAUGAUUGGAAUCACAUGGAAUUGGCACUAAUAGAAAAUCAUUUUCAGUCAGGUAUUGGCAGUUAUUAUCAUUUACUAUUCAAAUUUCAAGCAGAAAUGAAAAUCAAUAAGCCUGAAUUAUUUGAUUUUUAUCUACUGAUAAAUGAUGAUACAGAUAAUAAUGUCAAAAAAGAUCAUAUCACUUUGUUGAAAAAGAAUGAUAUUGGUAACAAAGAAGAAGUUGGUAUGAAACAAUUAGUUUACCGCUGCUUGAUAUGUUUGGGAGAUUUGUCACGAUAUAUGUAUGAACUAAACAAACUAGAUUUAUAUUAUUCAACAGCUUGUCGGUAUUACAAGCAAGCAUUAAACUAUAAACCAGCAAAUGGACUCCCGCAUAAUCAAAUUGGACGAUUGGCAUUAUCCAAUAACAAACAUUUAGAUGCUGUUUACCAUUAUGUUCGAUGUGUUUUUAGCAUUGAACCAUUUGAAGGAGGAGAAAAAAACUUAAUAUUAUCAUUGCAACAAAAGUCUGAACCAGUUGGAAAUGUAUUUUUAGAAAAACUGUUUUCUGUUUUUGACUUAUGGUAUACUGGAAGAAAAGAUAGUGGGCAAGAAUUAGAUAAAAUAUAUUCUAGCAUUAUAAGCAUUCUGCAGAAUAUUGAUGAUUUUAAGAACAAAAAUAAUACAGCUGAUAAAAAAAAAGAAAUUAUUAAGGAAGAUACCCUAACACCUUCAGUUAAGGAUACUAUAAAAUUUUUGUCAACUAAUGAAAAUAUAUUCAAAAUUGUUGUUAUCAUAAUAGCGUGCUUAAACAAGUUACAUAAAGAAGAGUCUAAAUACAUCCUAAAAGCUGAGUUAUUCCUUUUAUCACUAAUGGAACACUUAAUUGGUCAAAGUGUAACUUACUGUGUAAAAAACUUACCGCUGUUAGUUAAUCCUAAUAUAGACCAUGUAAAAUUAAACCGUCGACGUCGUAGACGUGGUUUUAGACAACAUUCUUCUCCAGAUUCUCAAGAAUGGAGUGGAGAUGAAGCAGAAAGUGUAAUAAGUCCUGAUGACGAUUCAGAUGAUGAAAGUGAAGAAGAGAUGUUAAUAUUUGAUAUGAAAAGGCCCAAUGAUGACAAAUCAAAAAAUGAAUCUGACGGGUCAAAUGAUAGUGGUACAUCAUCAUUUGGUUGUGAAAAUAAAAAUAAUUCAAAAUCUCCGCUAUUAAAAAUACCAUUUAUUGAAACCAUAAAGAUAUAUUUUGAUUGGAUUCAACCAAAUAUAGAUUCCAUAAAUCCUGAAGCUUCAGUUGAAUUCUUUAACAAUACUGUUACACUUUUAAAUUACUUGUCGCAAGCUAAUAUUGAAGACUCAUUCUUAGACAUUGACAUCAAUCGUUUUAUGUUACCAGAAGAAGUGCAUUUGCGUGGUAUGACUGUUUUUUCCAAGUCUAAAAAAUAUUGUGGAGAAUAUGAUCGCAAUAUUUGUACUAAAAAUGAGGGAAUGGUUCGAUUAAUGCAUAUAUUACAUUGUGCAGAAGAAAUAGCAUCCAACAAUGUAUUAUUCACUUAUGACAAAAUCAAAAAAUGGUUUUCAAUAUGUGGUUCUUUAAAACAAACCGACGAAAAAUCAUUAAAGGACGCGAAACGAGACAAACAACACGUGAUGGGUCAACUAUGGCUCCGGUCGGAAGUGGACAAUCUGGAGUACAAGAUGAAAUACUCUUCAAGGAAAAAAUCGUUGCCCACAUGUAUCGUGAUCGAUACAGAUGCUUUGAUUAAUUAUUCGUUGAUAAUCAAGAAACUUGUUAACAGCACCAAGUUUAUUGUAGUAGUACCCGCAAUUGUAAUAUCGGCAUUAGACGAGCAAAAGAAACUAAGCAAAGAAGUCAGGCUGACUAUACGUUGGUUAGAAUUUCAGUUGCAAGAGGGAAACUGCAACUUAAAAUCCCAAGGAAUACAUGAAUCACUACCAAUUAAACUAGACGGUCCACCGAAAUUGAGCAAAGAAAUUUGUAAUUUCAAACAUAUUUUGGAAUGUUGCAACUAUUUUACAGAAGAAUAUGGUGAGAACACAGGACUUGUUACGUUAAUUACAGGGUCAGACGACCUAAUGGAAUCACCAGAGCUCAUGGAAAUGGCUAAAUCAGUCAAAAUCAAUAUUGAACACAUAAAGACAUUCCAAUACCAAUUAAAAACAGUGAAAAACAAAGGAUGA